UUUUUUUUCAUAAAUGCAACAUACAUUUUAACAUUGUGCAUGCUUAUUGAUGAUUUUAACGAAUUAUAUAUUCGACAUAAAACAAUCGCUAGAAACACUGUUAGUUAUAUAAUGGCGGGGAUUUUUUACUAUAUUGGGCUGCCAGUGUAAUUUUUUUAUCGACGUUCGGAUUAAAUUUGUUGCAGCGUGUAUAGAUGCCUUAUGAAACCUUUGAAAAAAAGAUUGUUGGAGUUGUUUAUGUCUGUAAAAAUUUGAAGUAUGUUUGAUUUGAAAGUCUUCUCACUUCUCGCUGAUCUUCGCUUUGAAACGAAACUUAUUAUUCAAAUUAUUUUAUUUGUAGAGCAAUAAGAAUUGGUAUAGUACACAGGGAAAAAAAUUGUUGCAUCAUGCCCAUAAAAAUAAAUGUUCAUGAACAGCAUGUGGGAGCAUUCUCAAAACUCAGAUGCUUGGUUAGCAUUUUUGGAAUUCAAUGUCAGGAGCAAACUGAGGAUUUUGUUGUUAAUAACUUGGUAAAAGUGCGGAUGCAUUUUAGGGUGCAAAAUCAAAUAUUCCCUUUAGCAUGCAACAUUCUUGCUCUGCCACUAGAAGAUAAAAAUAAAGUCAAAGUGAUAGUGUCAUGCCAAGAUACAGAUGUGCCAUUUCAUUCAGGAGUCUUGCUAAAUAAAUGGACACUGGUUGGCAGUAAGCAAAAUUGUGAUAUAACUGUUGACAGGUUUCGCACAUGCCUAUUGAAUAUUAUAAUUUUUGCAAGUAAGGUUGACGAUUUUUGCCCUGCCAAUAUUUAUAAUGAUGCUGAUUUUACGGACUUCAACUUGACUGCUGCUGAGGGCAGCAUAGCCGUUCACAGAGUCAUACUAGCAGCUCACAGUGACGUCUUCCGAGCCAUGCUCAGACAUGAAUGGAAGGAGACAACAGAAGGCCGAAUCGAGAUUGAGGGGGUCACUCUGCAAACUCUCCAGUACCUGAAGCAAUAUAUGUACCUCCGCAAACUGCCAGAUGAUGGACUGAAGCCAUUACUUUUGUUAGCAUCAUACUACUUGAUUGAUAAUUUAAAAACAGAUUGCCUAUCAAGACUAGUUCUAAAUUACAAGUUAGGAGAGUGGGGCAGCCUUCUUGAGUUUGCUGUAGAGAACAAAUUAUCUGAAUUGAUUUCUGCUAUAAUGCUGGUAAAUUCAGCAGUGGACCUUGAAGAUCAUCAAAAUGUGCAGGUGAAAAAACAAAAAAAGUCAUAAUAACCAUUACAAUAUUGUUGUUAAGUACCUAAGUAAGAAGCUAUUACUUAUGUUAGUGUCAUAUUACUUGAUUGAUGAUUUAAAAGCAGAUUGUCUAUCAACGCUUGUUUUAAACUACAAUACAAGGCAGAAGAGUAGAGCAGCCUUCUUGAGUUUGCUGUGGAGAACAAAUUAUCUAAAUCAAUUUCUGCUAUAUUGCUGGUGGUACUAUAAUUCAGCAGUGGACCUUGAAUAUCAUCAAAAUGAGCAGAUGAAAAAACAAUAAAUGGCACAAUAACCAUUGGAUUAAUAUUGUUAUAAGUCUACUUAGAAGUAGCAAUAGAGUAAGAAGUAAUUUAUUAAAAUAUCCUUUCUUUUCUA